UUCUUCCGUUUCUCACUCCAAACAACACAAAAUCGCUCUCCUUUUUCAUGAUUUUCUGCUGAGUUCUUCUCUCUUUCUCUUUCUCGCUCUUAGAACCACAAUGGCGUUGGGUGGUGCCGGAUGAAACGCGGCGUCGUGGAAGGGGUUGCGUGGGUGGGAAUCUGGUGCGGGAGAGUGCAUUGGGAUUCUACAAUGGGGAACUGUGAUCGUCCUUUCCUUUUGUGAUUCACAUCUAAAGAGAAAGAGAGAGGGAGUUGUUGUUGUUGUUGUUGAGUUCUUAGGAUGUCUGAAUUGGUGGCCCGAACGGGUCGGCAUCAGCAGCGAUACGAACAUGGGUAUCGACUAAUCGCAGGGUGUGUUCCAUUUAGAUAUAGAAACGGUAAUGGCUGUGGGGAUUCUUCUGAGAAGACUGUUGAAGUGCUUAUGAUUAAUUCAACCAGUGGACCAGGUCUUCUAUUUCCGAAGGGAGGUUGGGAGAAUGAUGAAACUGUUGAGGAGGCAGCUGUAAGAGAAGCUAUUGAAGAAGCGGGAGUUCGAGGAGACCUAAUGGAUUUUCUCGGGUACUAUGAAUUUAGGAGUAAGACCCUCCAAGAUGAGUGCAGUCCAGAAGGUUUGUGUAAAGCAGCAAUGUUUGCAUUGUUUGUGAAGGAGGAACUUGAGUCAUGGCCGGAGCAAAGCACAAGAGAAAGGAGCUGGUUAGCUGUAUCUGAGGCGCUGGGAAGCUGCCGACAUGCAUGGAUGAGGGAUGCCCUGGAAUGCUUCCGUAAAUGGCAUGAGGAGUGCAAUGGAGGAUCAAGACAAUCAUGAUAAUAGCAAAGAUAUUUCCUUUCAGGAUGUCUUUUUGGCUUUUAUUUUUCAAAACUAUUCUAGAGAGUAAAUUCGAAAACCUCUUAUCGGUAAGGAGAAGAAAUGUUUGAUGAUGAAAUUUUGGGGAAGAGUUUUUAAAGAAGGAAGCGUUUGACAAUGGAUAUAUAUGCUAUUAUGAUACUAA